AUGGAUGAUACAGAUGCACCUGAUCCCUUGCUCCAGCAAGUGCCAUUACUCAAAAAUCCUGCCUUCCAACCGCCGAAACCGGUCACUUUAAACACCAACUAUGCCAAGUUGAUCCCCAAUCUUCCCGCCAGCGUGCUACCGCCGCAAAUGAGCUUGACCGAAGAAGACUUAGAAGCAUGGAAAAACGAUCUCGAAGAAUUCAAAAAGACCAAGUUGUUUACAGAUUCGCUGAAGCAGGCCCAGAAAGAGUACCAAGACUGGCUAAAAGCAGUUCAGAGAAAGGUUGCUCCAGGGUUCAGCUUCAACAUCAUGACCCCUACUAGUGCUGGACGCCAGAGGGAAGAGAAACACGAGCCGAAAGAAGCGCUGUCAGCUGAAGAAAACCAGAAACCUAUAGAGAAGGUCGAACCAGACCAUUCUGGCCUCAACGAGGACCUACGGAACCUUUCAAUGGACUCAUAA